GGUGGAGGAGGUCGCCCUGGCCUGUGGUCCCCAUUCUGCUUGCAGCGCCUUCGCCACCAUGGAGGGGUCUUGGGAACCUCUGAGUGGGAAGGUGCGACUCUGUUUCACCCCUGCUGCUCGGACCAGCCUCUUAUUGCUCAGGCUCAACGACGCGGCGGUUCGGGCACUGCAAGAGUGUCAGCGGCAACAGGUUCGGCCAAAGAUCGCUUUUCAAGGCCAACGAGGGUAUCUAAGGUUCCCAGGCUGGUCCUGUCUCUUCUCCUUCACAAUAUCCCAGUGUUGCCAAGAGGGCACUAGUGGUGGCUUGGACCUUGUGUACCAAUGCUUAAGCAGAUCUGGGCCUAACUGUCUCCACUGCCUGGGCUCACUCAGGGAGCGCCUUACUGUUUGGGCAGCCAUGGAUACUAUUCCAGUCCCACUGUCAGCUCAGGGACACAACCUGACUGAAGAUGCCAGGGAGUCUGAGAGUUGGAGGAACACAGGAGACUAUUCUGAAGGUGAUGAAGUAUCACAGCCCCAAGUGGCACUAGAAGAGGUGUCUGAGCCACUGGCAAGCAACCAUGGACAGUCCCUCCCAGGAUCUUCCAGUGAGCCCAUGGCACAAUGGCAAAUGAGGAACAACACUUAUCUUCCAAACAGAGAUCCUGACCAGCCACUACCUUCUCCUGCCAGCCAGAAACACCUGGACAAGAAACGACCAGCGCCUAUAGCCACUAAAGAACCAGAAGAAAAGAGGCUCAGAGCUCUGCCUCCAAGUCCUAUACAAGGGCUAUCAGAUCAAGACUUACAAGAGGGAGAAAACUGGGAGCAGGAAGAUGAAGAUGAAGAGACUGACUCCAGGCUGGAGCACAGUCUCUCAGUUCAAGCAGGUGCCUCCGAAUCCCCAAGCCCUGAAGAGGUGCCAGAUUACUUCCUGCAAUACAGGGCCAUCAACAGUGCAGAGCAACAACAAGCCUAUGAGCAGGACUUUGAGACAGAUUAUGCUGAAUACCGCAUCCUUCAUGCCCGUGUCGGGGCUGCAAGCCAAAGGUUCAUAGAGCUGGGAGCAGAGAUCAAAAGACUUCAGCGAGGAACUCCAGAACACAAGUUGCUGGAAGAAAAGAUAGUCCAGGAGUAUAAAAAAUUCAGAAAGCGGUAUCCAGGUUACAGGGAAGAGAAGCAUCGCUGUGAGUACCUGCAUCAGAAAUUGUCCCACAUUAAAGGUCUCAUCCUGGAAUUCGAGGAAAAGAACAGGGGCAGCUGAAGCUAUUGAGCCUCUGCCCAGAGAUGAACAAAGUGGCUGUAAACUGGAGUACAUCUGCUUUUCCAAUUUUGACCACUUAAGUCCAUGGUGGCAUGUAGACAGCUGUGCUAGAUUCUUCAGUUUGAUUUUUGUUGUUGCCUUUAAUUUUUUAGGGUGCGGGCACAGUAUCCUUAGCUGUGCCCAGGAUAGAAUAGCAGGGGCUUGGGUUCACCCAAGUAAUAUUCAAAUUCUGAGGAAUGCCGUAUUUCCAGGUUAAGACACAUCUUGAGAAUAUUAAACAAAUAAGUGAAUUUAGUGUAGUAGCCUUGCAAAGGGAAAAAUGAGAACUUCCAGUGACAGAGCUAAUUGGAACUUACAGCAAAAUUGUCUAAUGGGAAGGGGCUUGGGUUUUACUCAUACACUAAAAAUUAAUCUUUCUACAAACAUGGAUAAAAAAAUUAAAACCACCUGCUUCUGUUUAUUAUUUUUAUGUGUACAAGUGUAUUGCCUGCAUAUAUGUGAAUGCACCCAUGUUG